UGGCAGCUGCACUGCCACUGGCCCCUGCAAGCAUUGCUUCAUCCAGUGCAUUAUGGUCGGUGUCAUCGCCAAAAGACUGGCCCCCAUGGGUGCCCAAGAGAGGCUGCUAGCUCAGACUAUGAAUGCCUCAGCACAGAUCAGGGAACAGCGUAAGGCCAUGAAGUCCAACGUGGCCAAGCAACAGCCACCGUUCCAAGUCUGUUCCACGCCCAGCAGGCAGCACACGUAUUUCAUGGCGUACAACGACGUCGGCGUGAUCCGCUGCAAGAGGGAGGACAGCGCCAUGAGCAUGCUGGACGUGGAGUUCCACGACACCAGCACCUACCACGCCAUGCACAUCAGCAACACGUCGGACUACGAUCUCGCCGCUCUGUCCGAGGAAGCGGUUGCCUUCGCCUGCUCGGCCAGUGGCGAGGGAAAGAAUAAGCUGGAGUGCCGUCACUUCAGUGCCUGGGAUGGCGCCAAGGAAUGGUCCACCGUCAUGAACAAGAAGGAGAGUAUCCAGAACCUCACGGUUGGCUCAAGCUUUGUUGCCGUGGCAACUAGCCGGCAGCUGCUGCGCGUGUGGACGCUGAGUGGAGUGCAGUCGUUCAUGGCAACGCUGCCGGGGACGGUCGUAACCAUGGCAGCACAUCGUGACCUGCUGGCAGUCGCGUACCAUCAUGGUAUUGGUGCUCCACAUCAGCAGUGUAUGUCAUGCCAGGUUUAUCAGAACCACCAUGGCACACUGAAGCUGUUACGAACUGUUGCGAUGCCGCUAGCACACAAGACGACGCUAGCUUGGCUGGGUUUCAGCACUUGUGGAUUUCUGUGUGUCGGUGACAGUGCUGGCUUACUGCACAUGCUGCUGUGUCAGCCAGCGCCUGUGUGGCUGCCCAUCUCUGACCUACGCAGCACGCUGAAGACGAAGGAGGACCGCUACUGGCUGGUCGGGGUGGACGAUGAAAUGCGCCAGACAAAAUGUGUCCAUUGCAAGGAUGCGACUUACCCGCCGUGUAAUCCUCGUCCAGUGAUUGCCGUACUGGACUUCAGCCCGCCCGUCUGUGAGCUGGCCACCGAGAAAGCACAACUCGAGAUGGAGUAUCUUCGCCUACACAGCACAACUGCCGGGUCUGACAGCAACCCUGCCUACCCGGCUGAGCAGGAGACAGUGGAGUUGUGCAGGCGAGAGGAGACUGCGGCGUUGAUGAAACUGUUUGCGUUGGCCUGUAAAACGGAUCGUGAGUCGCGAGCACUGGACAUCUGCACUCUCCUGCCCACGGAACACGCUAUGUCCCUGGCACAGCGCUAUGCCUCACGCGUCCACCGGAUCAACCUGGCCCAGCGUAUCGAUGAUCUAAUCGAUCAGAAAGCCCAGCAAGCUGAGUUUGAUGAGGAUGCCAGACUCAUUGCCGGUUUUGGCUCUCAGAUCGUGGCAGUACCUAUCCUAUUUCCUCAGGUAGAAGUAGCUCUACGUUGGAUAGUACUUAUGAACAUCGGCAGUUCCACCGUAUCAUCCUAUUCAACUCUGAACCGUUCCUCUCUGCCUGCGUCCACAUCAUCAUCAUCAUCAUCAUCAUUAUUAUCGACGACCAACUGUAGCAGCAACGGCAAGCCUCGACUGCAGCCGCGUGCUCAGCUGGUCGAGCGACAUCGUCAGCACCGCAAAGCAGGGUCGGUAGUGUCCAGUAGUAGCAUUGCUGCUGCUACGGCUGCUGGACCGGCAUCACCGUCGUCAGUUUCUCAGCACACUGGUGGCAGCAGUCGGCAAGACUCCAAGGCUGUGUCGUCACGACAAGAGGACGACAAUGAUGUCACGGAGAGCGAAAACCCGGAGUUUGACGACGGUGGCGGCGAGGAUCUGAACAAUGUCGAUUUCGAAGAGGAAAACGAGGAUGAGUGGGCAGCUGCGGAUGAGGAUAUGUCCGACUCUGAGAGCAAGGCCGGCCGUAAGACUGCGUCAAAGAUAGCCACCACACCAAAGUCUAAAACCGCCGGCAAGGUUAUGGUGGCAUGGCCACAGCAAAUCCCUUCCAAUUGUCCGGUAGUAGUUCACUAG